AAUUCGUCUUUGCAAUUCUGGGUUAGUUUCUGUUUCCGAUUGCGAGCCGUUUCGCAAAUAUAUCUUGAGUGUAAAUUGUCAGCGGAUGUUGAAGUAUGUAUCGCAUCGAGUUCAUUACGCCAUGGAUUCGUAUGAGGAGGCAGGAAGUUAACAUACGAAACGAGAUGAAACGUUUAAAAGUCGUAGAACCAUCGACUGAGCGAUACUCGACGACAUACUUUGAUAAUCGUAAGCGGGAGAAGAGAAUUACUGACACAAGACUGGCGUAUGAUCGUUUGCACGACGUAACUCCCUUCGAUCCGAGUAAACCGCGAUGUGAUCGCACGAAGCCGCAUUUCAUUUGGGCGGAGAUACAUGAGGAGAACAAACGUCACGUUGUGCCAAUGACUGCUAAUCACUGGUACGGUCGACCGAAUAGAGUCCAAAUCGAUUAUCCCGACAUGAGAUUUGCUCGAUCGAGCAAAACCAGAGAUUUCUACAGUCGGAAUCAUCUCAUCUUGAUUCUUGAUAGAGCAGAACGAGAAACUUUCUAAGUUGAAUACCUUCCUUGCUUCACGAAACGUUAAGCGAAAUCUGUAAUCUGCAUAUUU